UACCCUACCUUCUACGCAUCCCACAAUGGGCGGUUUAAAUCUCGAAGUUUUCAAGUUCGGCAUGUACGUCAUGUUCCCGAUCGGCAUCAUGUACUACUUCGGCACGAACCUCGACGAGCGCUUCGCCGUGCCCGACUUCUGGCCCAAACCCGAGCAGGCGAACAAGGUGCCCAUGGACAGGGACGAGAUCCACGCCGAGCUGCAGCGGUUGCGAGCGCGCCGGCUGUAUAUUAGGGACAAGAGGCUCGAGAACGAGGCGCGACAGGCGCAGCAGCCUUCGGGCGAGGAUCAGGAGUAGUAGGCGAGGGGCCUCAGUACGGGCAACAUAAGAGGUACCUAACCUUAGGUAGAUACAUGGCAUUGGCUUUGACGGCGUUUCGAGGGAAGGACGGAAUAAAACAGGCAUUAGAACAUAAUCAUGAUCGCGCAGCUAUUGAAUGUUUUGAACUUUUCGACUUAGCUCUCGAACACUGAACGACAUCUCCGCUCUCUGAAAAAAUGAAGGAAAUCGAAUGGAGACAAGUUCCAUAUUACAUACAUACCUUAGACCUAAGGUACCUUACCUACGUAUCUACCUAGGCACAUAUUGUACACAUAUUGUACACAUAUUGUACAAAUAUAUUACAGAUUACCUACGUAUCGAGAUUGUCUUCUAUGGUGUCCCAAACCCCAUUGCUU